UCCUCUCUCAACUCUCGAGUCUCGAGCAACUGAACAACUCCCAACAUUCCACCGAUUCUUUUCAACUUUCAUCAUCUUCUCGCAGAGAGUGAUGACAUGACAGUCUCUCUUCCCCGCCAAAAAUCCCUUUUUUUCUCGGCAGUACAUUCUCGGUGAAAUCGAUGGGCGCUGGAGGCAACUUCUGGGAUUUACUCAAGCCCUAUGCCCGACCCGAAGGCUUCGAUUUCUUGAGGAACAAACGGGUUGCCGUGGACCUCUCGUACUGGAUCGUCCAGCACGAAACUGCCAUUAAAGGAAACACGCGAAACCCGCACAUCAGAUUAACAUUCUUACGCACCAUCAACCUCUUCUCCACGUUCGGGGCAUUUCCGGUUUUUGUGACAGAUGGUACUCCAUCGCCACUCAAAUCUCAGGCAAGGAUUAUGCGGUUCUUUCGAUCAUCAGGGAUUGAUAUGUCAAGUCUGCCUGCAGUGGAAAAGGGCAUUUCAGUUGAGAGGAACAAGGCUUUUCGGAAGCAUGUGCAGGAAUGUGUUGAGUUGCUCGAACUUCUUGGGAUGCCUGUUCUAAAUGCAAAAGGGGAAGCUGAAGCACUUUGUGCACAGCUUAAUAGAGAAGGACAGGUUGAUGCUUGUGUUACUGCUGAUAGUGAUGUAUUUCUCUUUGGAGCUAAAUGUGUUAUCAAACAUAUCCAACCUAACUCCAAAGAACCAUUCGAGUGUUACUAUAUAUCAGAUAUCGAGGCCGGUCUUGGGCUGAGAAGGAAACAAUUGAUAGCCAUUUCUUUAUUGGUAGGAAAUGACCACAAUCUACCUGGGAUACCUGGUAUUGGCUUAGAGACUGCACAUCGAUUUGCCAAGUCUUUCAGCGAUGAUGAGAUUCUAGAUAGGUUAUGUGAAAUAAGGAAAGGAGAAACCCCAGAGUUACAUGGUAUUGCCGGUGCAGAAGGUGAUUUUGUACCCAGUUCAGAGGAUUCUCCUCGAAAACCAAAACUUUCGCAUUGUUCAUUCUGUGGACAUCCAGGCAGCAAGAGAGCUCACCUCAAGUCUCGUUGCCAAUACUGUAGCGAUGGUGGUGGUGAGGGUUGCAAGCAAAAAGCACCAGGCUUUAAGUGUAGUUGCUCGUCAUGUGACAUGGAUAGGAAAGAAAAGGAACAGAGAAAGAAUGAAAAUUGGCAUAUUAAAGUCUGCAGAAAGAUUGCCUUGGAGCAGGACUUUCCACACGAUUUGAUCGUGAAAAUUUACUUGCACAAUGACAACAGAGUUGAUGACGGUUGCCAUAUAUCUUGGACAAAUCCAAAAACUGAAAUGCUAGUUGAUUAUUUAGCUUAUCAUCAGCAUUGGGAGCCUUCGUAUACGCGAAAGAGAAUGCUUCCGAUGCUAUCAACUUUGUUUUUGAGAGACAUUGCCUCAAAUUCCGAAAAUCUCUUGCUAUGUGGACAAUAUGAGUUUGAUUAUAUUAAGCGGGUGAAGACAAGAUAUGGCCAUCAAUUUUAUGUGGUCAUUUGGAAGAAAGCAAUGCACACAAUGUAUCAAGAAAGUGGGAGACUUGAUGGAGUGAAAGAUUUAACCGAAGAUCCCGAUGGCUUCAAGAUUCAUUUCAAGAAAACUGGGAGAGAUGAUGAAGUGAUAGAUUUAACAGAAGAUCCUGAUGGGUUGGAGAUUCAUAUUAAGAAAACAGGGAGAAUUGAUGAAUUGAUAGAUUUCCCAGAAGAGCCUGGGAAAUCAGUGCACACAAUGAUUGAUGAUAUCCACACAGUUACCUCCGAAAAUCCUAGUACGCAUCAAGAAACUAGGAGAGCUGAUGAAUUGAAAGACUUCAUAGAAGAAGAUGGUGAUGGGUUGGAAAUUCAUAUCGACGAAACUGGUAGAGCUGAUGAAGUAAUUGAUCUUACGGAAGAGCCUGAUGGACCGGAGAUUCAUAUCAAGGAUGGUUGCUGCUAUUUGUCAACAGAUGAAGAUAUGGAACUUGUUUGGAAAGCUUUUCCAGAAAAGGUCAACCAAUUUUUGAAACAAAAGGAACUAAAAUCAAGAAGAAAAAGAAGAAGGGGGGUUCCUGAAAACCCAGGGUCCUCAAGUGGUAUUCAGCUCAGUAUCACCGAGUUCUUUCGAUCCUCUAAAGGAAGCUGUGAGGCAAAGCUCGGGGAGAAUUUUGCUGGCAGUUCAAGUAGUUCUAGUGCUUCCGAAAAGGAACAGCAAGAGCGGGUUCCCAACUUUAGCAAGUCAGCUAGGCGUCGACUUUUUCUUGGAUGAGAAUCUCAUCACAUUAUGUUCGCACAUCAGUGACCCUCCACUUGUUAAAUUACUAAGCAUAUUAGUUCUUGUGUUCUUGAAUUGCCAUUAUCUAGGACACUGCUAAUGUAAAUAGGUAAUUUUGUGUAAAUGUCAGUUGGUGAUAGCUCUUUACUUGCGGCCAUUAGGAGGCUGAAUCAUUGGUAGCAAUUUUGAGUAUUAGAUUCUGGAAAACUAAUCAAAAUUCCAUUAGUUUUUCUAA